UUUAGAGGCACAAUGUUAUUAAUUCCUGACCCGCAUCCCAGGUGAUUUGCGAGGAGAACGAUGUUGAAACUGACAGUAAGCUUAGCACUGGUGACCCUGGUUGCUUGCUCGCAGUGUCCCAACAGUGAAGUCUGUGAGGCAGGCCAGUCAUGCUGCCAGGCUCCCACUGGAGAGUUCAGCUGCUGCCCUUUCCAUCAUGGAGAGUGUUGUGAGGAUCACCUGCACUGCUGUCCUGAGGGCAUGCUGUGCCAAGUUGUGGAGUCCAUUUGCUCGAAUGCUACACAUACACUGCCAUGGGUGGAUAGGACCCCUACUAAACAAACAGGCCAUCCCAAACCGUUCAGAAUGCUCCCCACGUUACCUGCAAGUGAAGAUGACAUCAUCUGCCCUGAUGGUUCCUGCUGUCCUGUUGAGUUCUCCUGUCUGCAGAUGGCUUCAUCAUAUGGGUGCUGUCCAGUGGCACAGGGCAUUGUUUGCUCUGAUGGGAAACACUGCUGUCCAAAAGGCCAUGAGUGCAGUGCAGACAGCAGUUCCUGUGUCAAACAAGGAACACACAAAGAACCAGUUGUUCUUUGCGGAGAUGGGAUGUCAGAGUGUCCCAUGGACAGCACCUGUUGCGAGAAAGAAGUGAAUGAACAAUGGGCGUGCUGCCCCAUGCCAAGGGCUGUAUGCUGUGAAGAUAGAGUCCACUGUUGUCCAGAGGAUAGUGUCUGUGAUGUAAAAAGCUCCAAAUGCGUGUCUUCAACCAAUCAAGAGCUGCCAAUGUGGGCCAAGUUCCCUGCUCGCCUUAGGGCUGAAUGGGAAGAUCACAUGGGGGCAUCUGUGGAUUCCGAUUAUAAUGUUCCCUGCAAUGACACUGCAGCAUGUCCAGAUGAAACCACAUGCUGUAAGACUAAAGAAGGAGAAUGGGCCUGCUGUCCUCUGCCAGAGGCGGUGUGUUGUGAUGAUUUCAUUCACUGCUGUCCUCAUGGUAAGAUAUGUAAUGUUGCUGCUGGGUCAUGUGACGACACUUCAGGCUCUGUGCCCUGGUUUGAAAAGGUGCCUGUGCGACCAAUCAGCAGUCAGAAUGUGGCUGACACACAAGAUUCAGACUAUAAUGUCCCCUGCAAUGACACUGCAGCAUGUCCAGAUGAAACCACAUGCUGUAAGACUAAAGAAGGAGAAUGGGCCUGCUGUCCUCUGCCAGAGGCUGUGUGUUGUGAUGAUUUCAUCCACUGCUGUCCUCAUGGUAAGAUAUGUAAUGUUGCUGCUGGGUCAUGUGACGACACUUCAGGCUCUGUGCCCUGGUUUGAGAAGGUGCCUGUGCAACCAAUCAGCAGUCAAAAAGUGGCUAACAAACAAGGGGCAUCUGUGGAUUCCGAUUAUAAUGUUCCCUGCAAUGACACUGCAGCAUGUCCAGAUGAAACCACAUGCUGUAAGACUAAAGAAGGAGAAUGGGCCUGCUGUCCUCUGCCAGAGGCGGUGUGUUGUGAUGAUUUCAUUCACUGCUGUCCUCAUGAUAAGAUAUGUAAUGUUGCUGCUGGGUCAUGUGAUGACCCUUCAGGCUCUGUGCCCUGGUUUGAGAAGGUGCCUGUGCAACGAAUCAGCAGUCAGAAUUUGGCUGACACACAAGUGUCUUCUGUAGAUUCAGACUAUAAUGUUCCAUGCAAUGACACUGCAGCAUGUCCAGAUGAAACCACAUGCUGUAAGACUAAAGAAGGAGAAUGGGCCUGCUGUCCUCUGCCAGAGGCUGUGUGUUGUGAUGAUUUCAUUCACUGCUGUCCUCAUGGUAAGAUAUGUAAUGUUGCUGCUGGGUCAUGUGACGACACUUCAGGCUCUGUGCCCUGGUUUGAAAAGGUGCCUGUGCGACCAAUCAGCAGUCAGAAUGUGGCUGACACACAAGAUUCAGACUAUAAUGUCCCCUGCAAUGACACUGCAGCAUGUCCAGAUGAAACCACAUGCUGUAAGACUAAAGAAGGAGAAUGGGCCUGCUGUCCUCUGCCAGAGGCUGUGUGUUGUGAUGAUUUCAUCCACUGCUGUCCUCAUGGUAAGAUAUGUAAUGUUGCUGCUGGGUCAUGUGACGACACUUCAGGCUCUGUGCCCUGGUUUGAGAAGGUGCCUGUGCAACCAAUCAGCAGUCAAAAAGUGGCUAACAAACAAGGGGCAUCUGUGGAUUCUGAUUAUAAUGUUCCCUGCAAUGACACUGCAGCAUGUCCAGAUGAAACCACAUGCUGUAAGACUAAAGAAGGAGAAUGGGACUGCUGUCCUCUGCCAGAGGCGGUGUGUUGUGAUGAUUUCAUUCACUGCUGUCCUCAUGGUAAGAUAUGUAAUGUUGCUGCUGGGUCAUGUGAUGACCCUUCAGGCUCUGUGCCCUGGUUUGAAAAGGUGCCUGUGCAACGAAUCAGCAGUCAGAAUUUGGCUGACACACAAGUGUCUUCUGUAGAUUCAGACUAUAAUGUUCCAUGCAAUGACACUGCAGCAUGUCCAGAUGAAACCACAUGCUGUAAGACUAAAGAAGGAGAAUGGGCCUGCUGUCCUCUGCCAGAGGCUGUGUGUUGUGAUGAUUUCAUUCACUGCUGUCCUCAUGGUAAGAUAUGUAAUGUUGCUGCUGGGUCAUGUGACGACACUUCAGGCUCUGUGCCCUGGUUUGAAAAGGUGCCUGUGCGACCAAUCAGCAGUCAGAAUGUGGCUGACACUCAAGAUUCAGACUAUAAUGUCCCCUGCAAUGACACUGCAGCAUGUCCAGAUGAAACCACAUGCUGUAAGACUAAAGAAGGAGAAUGGGCCUGCUGUCCUCUGCCAGAGGCUGUGUGUUGUGAUGAUUUCAUCCACUGCUGUCCUCAUGGUAAGAUAUGUAAUGUUGCUGCUGGGUCAUGUGACGACACUUCAGGCUCUGUGCCCUGGUUUGAGAAGGUGCCUGUACAACCAAUCAGCAGUCAAAAAGUGGCUAACAAACAAGGGGCAUCUGUGGAUUCCGAUUAUAAUGUUCCCUGCAAUGACACUGCAGCAUGUCCAGAUGAAACCACAUGCUGUAAGACUAAAGAAGGAGAAUGGGCCUGCUGUCCUCUGCCAGAGGCGGUGUGUUGUGAUGAUUUCAUUCACUGCUGUCCUCAUGGUAAGAUAUGUAAUGUUGCUGCUGGGUCAUGUGACGACACUUCAGGCUCUGUGCCCUGGUUUGAGAAGGUGCCUGUGCAACGAAUCAGCAGUCAGAAUGUGGCUAACACACAAGGGGCUUCUGUGGAUACCGAUUAUAAUGUUCCCUGCAAUGACACUGCAGCAUGUCCAGAUGAAACCACAUGCUGUAAGACUAAAGAAGGAGAAUGGGCCUGCUGUCCUCUGCCAGAGGCGGUGUGUUGUGAUGAUUUCAUUCACUGCUGUCCUCAUGGUAAGAUAUGUAAUGUUGCUGCUGGGUCAUGUGACGACACUUCAGGCUCUGUGCCCUGGUUUGAGAAGGUGCCUGUGCAACGAAUCAGCAGUCAGAAUGUGGCUAACACACAAGUACCUUCAAUAGAUUCAAAAACUAAUGUUGCCUGUGAUGACUUCAUGGACUGCCCAGAUGAAAGUACAUGCUGUAAGGCUGUAGAUGGUAAAUUGAGCUGCUGUCCUUUUCCAGAUGCGGUUUGCUGCCCUGACCAGGAGCACUGCUGUCCCACUGGCUAUGAAUGUGACAUGCAUGGACGCUCCUGUGUUAAAUCCAUUUGGCUGCAGAUGGACACAGUCCCACUCACCCACACUGGUCGCUCAAAGCCACAGCCAAGCAUCUCAGAAAAGGACAUUCAGUGUGGUGGGGCUUUUAGUUGCCUUGAUGGUGAGACCUGUUGUCCAUCCUCUGAGACCUCCUGGGGCUGUUGCCCAUCUGCUAAGGCGGUGUGCUGUAAAGAUAUGAAACACUGCUGCCCUGCUGGCUACCAAUGUGGUGAAGGUGGAGUUUGUACCUAAGCCACAGGCUUCAACUGGAAAAACUGGAGAUACUGGAAGGUGUUCUAUUCCAAAAACAAACAAGCUAUGUUUAUAUGAAAACACUUGUGUCUGUCUAACUCAGAUACACCCCACAUUCCUUACAGUGUCAGACAGUUUUAUUGCUACAUUUAUCAGAGUACUAAUCGGAGGUAAUCAGACCAUUAUUUAACUACAAAGGGUGAAAUUGAUUAUUUUAUUUACAGGGCUAAGUUUCUUGAGGGUUGAACAAGAUAAGAUCUGUCUACAUUCUCAAUUAGCAAUACCAACUAUAAUGUUUGAAUAAUUGAGACAUUCAUACAUUUUGUAUGAGAAUGUGCUAUUAUAGUAAAGUGUGUACAAUGUGUUCAUAAUUUUAUACAGUUUCCAGUGUUUUGGUUACUGCACAGUUUAUAUGAAGUUUAUCCAGUUUAUCCAGGAAUGUGGUGUCAUGAUAUAACCCAAAUUAAGGCAUAGAUGGUGUAUGUAUCUGGUGGCUGUAUUAAUAUACAAACAUUAUUGUAGGUCUCCUUUGGUUUGCAGGUUACAUUUUUGAGACUUGACAUCAUGCAAUCUUGUGAUUAUGGUUAAGACACCAAGUAUACGGAAACAUUUUAAAUUAAACUCUUCAGAUAAGACAUCAUGUUUUCUGUGUAACCUUCUAUUGCAUGUCAGGUCAAAUCUUCCUCAUUCCUAUUUCCAGUGAUGGGCAGUAGUUUCGCUACAAAUAGCGAAGCUAUUAGCUUAACUACAUUUCUGAGUAGCUAUAUGGUAGCUUCGCUAGUUUUAAAAUCAAGUAGCUUUUCAGUAGCGAAGCUAUAUUUUUGACAAGGUAGCGGUGUUGAUAAACGCUACAACACUACAACAUGCCUUGCACCCAGUGUUUACUAAUGGCAGUUUUGAAUAAGAACUAAAGAUGUCUGAUCACAAAUGAAUUGCUGUUUUUGAGUCAAAGUGAUAGGAAAGCGGUCUGAAGCGGUUCAGUGAAUUUAGACAUCGGCAUGUCUUAAUAUGAAUUUACAUGAUUUUUUUUUUUUUACAUACACACGUAUUGCACUUACUUGUAUACUGUAUUGCACUGAACUGUUUUUAUACUGUACAAUGGCUUUGAUAAACAUCAUGUGAAUACAUCUUUUAGAUGCUUUGUCUAUGACAGUAUGCUCUGUGCAUCUGCUGUUGAAAAAAAAGUAGCUUAAAUAUAGCACGCUACUUUUGGCAUGUAGUUGUAGUAUAACUUGCUACUUUCUCUGAAUUGUAAUUUUUAGCUGAGCUUCACAAUUUCUUCUGUUGAGUAGUUGGUAGCUUAGGUAGUUACAUUUUUUUAGCAGCUAGCCCAACAGUGCCUAUUUCUCAAUCACAGCAACUAACCCUACAACUGAUUUGUGUAAUUUUCAUCUUUAUUGAUCUAGAUGCUUGCUGGUUUAAAAAAAAAAAAAAAAAAAAAAGAAAUGGACCUUUCCAAAAUCUUGUCAGUUCUGAAAGAAAAAUAAAAUAAAAUUGUCUCCA